ACAAAAGUUUGCCACAUAGUUUCUAAGGUUAUAAAUCUAUCAAAACUAUCACUAAUUAAUAAGUAAAUAUAAAUAUAAAUAAUUAUAAUGAGUGCGAAAUUUAUUUUACUGGAAACAAUUGAUAUUUUUGGAAUUUUUCCUCACUAUCAAACACUACUCGGUGCAUUUUUGGUUCUCUGGUUAAUUUGGCUGUUUGCAAAACGUCGUUUCAAUGCCGUGAGUUCACCAAAGCACCCGACCGACGAAGAAGUCCAAGCAAAAUUAUCAACCUGGCACCCGGAGCCUCUGAUAGCAGAGUCACCGGCUCACCCGUCACUGAAACCUCGACUGAUAUCAUCAGUGUCCGGGAAGCGGAUCAUCGUCGACGGUAAAGAUUGUCUCAACUUAGGAAGUCAUAAUUAUCUAGGUCUACUGGGUGACGAACGCAUCAAAGAAAGAGCGACCGCGACUGUUCAAAAAUAUGGAGUCGGUUCAUGCGGUCCCCGGGGAUUCUACGGCACCGUCGACGUACAUCUCGAACUGGAGGAACGUCUCGCCAAAUUCAUGGAGGCCGAGGAAGCCAUUGUCUAUUCCUACGGCUUCAGUACGAUAGCAUCAGCAAUUCCCGCUUAUUGCAAACGCAAAGACAUCGUUUUCGCAGAUGAAAAAGUCAACUUCGCUAUACAGAAAGGUCUAGAUGCUUCGCGGUCACCGAUACGUUACUUCAAACACAACGAUGUCGAGGACUUGGAACGUCUGCUGAUGGAACAAGCGGCUGUUGAUAGAAAGGACACCAAGAAGGCGGGUAAAAUAAGAAGAUUUUUGAUUGUCGAGGGAAUUUACAUCAACACUGGGCUCGUUUGUCCGCUUCCUGAGCUGGUGAAACUCUGCAGGAAAUAUAAAUUACGUAUUUUUGUUGAUGAGUCCAUUUCAUUUGGAACAUUGGGUAAAACUGGUAAAGGUGUCACUGAAUAUUUUGGAGUUCCACGUCAUGAAGUUGAUAUGAUUAUGGGUUCACUGGAAUGGGCAGUAGGUUCAAUAGGAGGCUUCUGCGUUGGCUCGACCUUCGUAAUCGAGCACCAGAGAUUAUCAGGACUCGGUUACUGUUUCUCAGCAUCACUGCCCCCGUUGCUGACAGCAGCGGCAAUAAAGUCUCUGGACAUAAUGGAGGAGGAUCCCGGAGUAUUUAAGAAACUCCAAGACAAUUGUCUGGUGAUCCAGGAAAAACUGAAGGGGCUGAAGCAUUUCGAGGUCUCGGCACUGCCGGAGUCUCCAGUAAAACACUUGUUCCUGAAGAAUACUUUCGCCAGAGCUGAAGAGCAGGAGCUGCUCAGCAAAAUCAGCGACAGAUGUAUCGAUAAUAAUCUGGCGGUGAUACAACCGGUUUACUUGGAAGCUGAACGUCAACUUCCGCGUCCUAGUUUACGUUUAUGCGCAUCAAGUAAUUUUGACAGCGACGACAUUGAAUUUAUUUUUGAGACUUUGGAAAAGUGUUCGAAAGAAAUUUUAGAUUAAUUAUUACUCUUGUAAAAAUCUUGACAAAGCUUGAAAUUUUUUAUGAUCCAGAAGUUAACAGACGAUUUACAUUUUUAGAUUUUUUUUCAACAAUUCAAUUACGAAAAAAAAAAAAAAAUAAAAAUGCACAUGUAGAAAAUUUAAUAAACUGUAGGUGCAAUUUUUAAAAAUAUUUUUUUUUAAUUAUUUAUCGUUUUGAAAAAAGUCCUAAAGUUAUAAGACGUCGGCUAACUUCAGUAUCAUAAUUUUUUCGAGCUUUUUUCAAUCAAUAGACAAAUUCGUUAUCGAAAAAAUCGAACAAUUUAUCAAACAGUUAAUUGCAUAUCAAUUGAAUAGAAUAAAAUUGCAGGCCAGUAUUUUUUAUAGACUACAAUUCAAGUAUUUAAAAAAAUAUAUAAAUGUGUCUGUUUUUUUGCUUAAUAAUAAAAAGUAAACAC